AUGGAAACCGCACAGGAUCACGCGAAGAAGAGAAAGCGAAAACACAAGAGCUCCCAGGAAGGGAAGAAUGCAAAGUCACAGGCCCUAGAAGCGGGCUCGCAGCCGGAUCGCGCAGAGACACCUACCAAGAAGCAGAAGGUCGAUCAGCAUGACGACGAAGCUGAAGAGGCGGAGAAUGGGGAGCUACAGAUAGAGAACGGAGCUGAGGCUGAUACCGACGCACCGGCGUUGCCUUCCGCAGACACAAUGUCGCUCCCCACGCAAGAGGCCGCGUCGGACAAGUUUAGCGACCUUGCGCUCUCCGAGCCGACCUUUAAGGCGAUUGCGGAUAUGGGGUUCACUACCAUGACCGAGAUCCAGCAGCGGGGUAUUCCGCCUUCGUUGGCCGGAAGGGAUAUCCUAGGUGCUGCGAAGACGGGCUCGGGAAAGACAUUGGCCUUCUUGAUCCCUGCUGUAGAGAUAUUGCGGUCGUUGAAGUUUAAGCCGAGAAAUGGCACUGGUGCUCUUAUCAUCACGCCAACUCGAGAACUGGCGCUGCAGAUUUUCGGCGUCGCCAGAGAGCUCAUGGAGCACCACUCGCAGACUUACGGGGUUGUGAUUGGAGGCGCGAACAGGAGAGCAGAGGCGGAGAAGCUGAAUAAGGGUGUUAACGUCUUGAUCGGAACUCCUGGUCGCCUGUUGGAUCAUCUCCGGUCCACUGACGGAUUUGUGUUCAAGAAUUUAAAGACUCUUGUCAUCGACGAGGCAGAUCGCAUUCUUGAGGUAGGAUUCGAAGAUGAAUUGCGGCAGAUCAUCUCCAUCCUCCCCAAGGAUGAUCGACAGACCAUGCUCUUCUCAGCCACCCAGACAACCAAGGUCGAAGAUCUUGCGCGCAUAUCGCUCAAACCAGGCCCUCUCUACAUCAACGUCGACCACAAAAAGGAACACAGCACAGUAGACGGCGUCGAGCAGGGGUUCAUCAUCUGUGAAGCCCACAAACGGUUCCUCUUACUCUUCUCGUUCCUGAAAAAGAAUGCCAAAAAGAAGAUCAUCGUCUUCUUCUCCAGCUGUAAUUCUGUCAAGUAUUACUCGGAGCUGCUGAAUUAUAUUGAUCUGCCGGUGCUGAGUCUACACGGAAAGCUGAAGCAACAGAAGCGGACAAAUACCUUCUUUGAAUUCUGCAACUCGGCCCAGGGCACACUUAUCUGUACCGAUGUCGCCGCCAGAGGUUUGGACAUCCCGGCCGUCGACUAUAUUGUCCAGCUCGAUCCACCAGAUGAUCCAAGAGACUAUAUCCACAGAGUCGGACGAACAGCUCGAGGUAAGGGCAAGGUCGGCCGAAGCUUGAUGUUCCUCCAGCCUUCAGAAGUCGGCUUCAUCACUCACCUGCGCGAAGCCCGCGUUCCAGUCGUGGAAUUCGAAUUCCCCACAAAACACAUCAUUAACAUCCAAUCCCAACUAGAGAAACUCAUCAGCCAGAACUAUUACUUGAACCAGUCCGCCAAAGAAGGAUACCGAUCAUAUCUACACGCCUACGCCUCUCACUCUCUCCGCUCAGUAUUCGAUAUAAAUAAGCUCGAUCUGGUCAAGGUGGCCAAGAGUUACGGUUUUGUCACCCCGCCGCGAGUUGACAUCGCGCUGGGAGCUAGUAUGAGUAGAGACAAGAAGGUCCAAGGCAGGAGGACGUACGGGAGCCAACCGAAGGGCGCGAGGUUCAAGCGGAAACACGAUGACGACCAUUGA